GCAGCAGGACGGCUGUCAGUGCACAGGGGAUGGUGGUGGCUGCGUUUCCCUCCGCACCUGGAUAGUGCACAAUGUUUGGUGCAUGUGUUGAUUGUGCUGCGGCGCACGGAUAAUGGUCAGAUAAAGGAGAUAUAAGACAGUCUCAUCUUACUAUGGACAGUGCAUGGAACUGGCGUUGGAGGGUGCAGCAGCCCUAAUCCUUCAUAUUUGUCUUGGAUUAAAGCGGAGAUAUUUGGCGGUAUGAAGAUAUACUUUAGUACAUCCAAUGCAAUUCAAUUAAAGUGGCUGGAUUAAGGCAGCACUCUGCGGUGACCUGUGGCACUGUGGAUUAGGGGGCGUCCAAGCGAGGUGGAAUCAUUUUAAUUACUCCCACUUUCCCGAGGCGUUCGUCGUCUGCCAUUUAGAGAGGCACCGAGCUGCCGUGGGCAAACUUUAUUUCAGAGAAUAGGAGGGACUGGACAGUACUUCACGUAGUCGCCCAGGGUUGCCCGGUUGACACAAAAUAUUCAGCCACGAACUGGUCCGGCAUGUGCGGAAUAUAUGGUGAGUCCGAAAAUCGUCUUGGCGCUUUGUAACGGUGAGUUGGCGACAGCUGGUGUGUCUGGAUACCAAAGCAAUACUGAACCAAGACUAAUUGGUGCAUUGCCUUGGAGGAGUAUGUUUACGCACAACUCAUUGACAAUAAAUCCCCUGUAAUAAAACCAGUUUAUCUGACUCUUCUGCGCACCGCGGCUCAUGCAUUUACCUCCUGCACACCUCCGUGCACAAAUAUUCCAUCUGCGUUUGGAGACGCAGCGGCGGUGGAGACUUCGGAGUGGAAUGUCAGGAAAACACGGGGCCGCGUCCAUGGGAAGAGCGAUUAGGCCAUGUAGAAAGGAGCAUAUAUUUUUCCAAUGAGUGAAACAGUGUGCAGGCAACUGAGUGGACUUGGACUGGAACAUAGCAGGUGGCGAGCGAGCAUUGCUGUCUCAAGUGUGUCCAAACAAACGGGAACACAGAGGAAUGCAGGGACUGACGUCAAGAGGCCGACAAUGACCUACUCAAAAUGUUCCGAAGGUCUGCUGAUGUUUCCUCAGCCCCUUCACUACUAAUUGAGUGGAUUUUUUUCUGAAAUGUUUUUUGUGUGCUUUAUCCUUUUUACAAAUUGAACCAUAACUUCAGUAGCUUUUACUGUCACCCCAUAUUUUGUCUUUCUUUUUUCAAAAUCUACUUUGUGUGUGUGUGUGUGUGUUUUUAAUCCGGUUCCUUCUGUAUAGUUUUUUGCUUUUGGUUAGAUCAAAAAGUGACAUGGCAUCCCCCCAACAUCAACAACUGCUGCCUCACAACACAGAAGUGAGCUGUGACUCAAGUGGAGAUGGAGGCGUCUCUGUGAGGAUUGGCAGCAGUGUCAAACACAAGCAUGCAGGCGGGGCCCUGGGUUCAAUCGGGGGAGGCUUCAUGGGGGGAUCCAAACACUGCAAGUACAGCAUUUCCUCUAGCUGCAGCUCCGGGGAAUCUGGAAUCAGGAGGCCAGUGGUCAAGCGCUUUCGCACACAUAAGAAGAUGCCUCAGCUUUUUGAAAGAUCUGCAGGUCAUUUCUGGGACCCUAAGUUUGACUCUUCAAUCCUGGAGGAGGCCUGUAGAGAACGAUGUUUCCCCCAAACCCAGCGGCGCUUCCGCUAUGUGCUGUUCUACCUGGUUGCUGCUGGCCUCCUCUGGGGAUUUUACUUUGCUGCCAACCCUUCCCGCUGUGAUAGGAUUGCUUUUCUCCUUCCCACUGCAUCCUUCCUCCUUUUCUGCCUCCUCCUCUUCCUCUUAACUUUUACUAAGCUCUACUCAUGCUGCUACAACCAAGCAUCGCUAUUGCUCAUUGUUGUAACCUUCAUCCUCACCCUAGCCCCUCAGAUCCUGACAUCAGGCUUCAAGGACUCAGAGACUCCCACACCUACACUUGAUGUUGAGGAGUUCAGUGGCAUGGGGCCUACAUAUAACCUGUCCUAUGACAAGCUUGUGGGAGGUGGCACCUGGUCCCCCUGUCUUUCUCCUGUAGGCACCUUCUCUCUUUGUAUUGAGGUUCUUCUGCUGCUGUACAGUGUCCUCCAUAUUCGCCUCUAUGCUUCUGUCCUGCUUGGGUUCCUCUACUCUGUCUUUUUUGAGAGUUUGGGCUGGCUGCACCUGACACAGGCAGGAGAGAACUGGAGCAUAGUGUCUCAACCAGACUGGGAUAUGCUAAGUUGGCUGGGCCCAGCCAAAGCUUUGCUUCACCUCUGUGCCCACGCCAUUGGCAUUCACCUGUUCAUCAUGUCUGAGGUACGGUCACGCAGCACCUUCCUUAAGGUGGGACAAGCUAUCAUGCAUGGCAAAGAUCUGGAGGUGGAGAAAGCCCUGAAAGAGCGCAUGAUACACUCUGUCAUGCCCAGAAUCGUGGCUGAUGAACUGAUGAAGCAGGGUGAUGAGGAGAUUGGUGACAGCUCUGGUAAACGAUACUCUACAAGUGGUGCAGUAGCUGCCAUCUCCAGCCCUAAAAGCAAUAAACGCAAGAAAACCUCAAUUCCUCGAGGCCAGAUCAUCUUCAGACCCUUUAAUAUGAAGCGGAUGGAGCCCGUCAGCAUCCUCUUUGCAGACAUUGUAGGCUUCACUAAAAUGUCCGCCAACAAAUCCGCUCAUGCCCUCGUGGGGCUUCUGAAUGACUUGUUUGGGCGUUUUGAUAGACUUUGUGAGCUCACUGGCUGCGAAAAAAUUAGCACUCUAGGAGACUGUUACUACUGCGUGGCUGGUUGUCCAGAACCAAGACCAGACCAUGCCUAUUGCUGCGUGGAGAUGGGCCUGGGCAUGAUUCAAGCUAUUGAACAGUUCUGCCGGGAGAAGAGAGAAAUGGUGAACAUGAGGGUGGGUGUCCACACUGGCACUGUGCUAUGUGGUAUCCUGGGCAUGAAGCGCUUCAAGUUUGAUGUUUGGUCAAAUGACGUCAACCUGGCCAAUCUAAUGGAGCAACUGGGAGUGGCUGGGAAGGUCCAUUUAUCACAGGCUACUGCCAACUUCCUGGAUGACCGGUACCAGCACGAAGACGGACAGGUCAAUGAGAGAAUAGGACAGAGUGUGGUGGCUGACCAGCUCAAAGGACUGAAAACUUAUUUGAUCUCUGGCAGGAAGAUAGAGUCUCACUCCCACUGUAGCUGCUCGCAGUUGGGCUUGGCUGGACUGGAGCAUGCAGAUCCUCUGUAUCCCACGCCCAGAGUGCACACUCCUGAUGGAGCCUCUUCAGCCUGCAUCGUGGCCCCUGAUGGAGCCAAUUCUCCCUGUCCGUCCUGCAGUGCUGUCCAGAUAUCAGGGGAAGAUCAGGUUCUGGAGGAAGGUGCAGUGCACACUGGCUGCCAUGAUGACCCCAAAACCAGCAGCUCCAAGGACUCUUCAGAUCUCAAGUGUUCCCCAGUGGUUUCUGCAGGGCGCAGCCCUAAGGCUCUGAACGGCCUGCUCAGUCCUCGGCUAGAAGCACUGAACAACAGCCAUACGUCUCUGUGUGAGAUGCUGCAAGAGAAGGAGAAGAAGACGUGGAGUGGGGGAGCAAUGGGAAUGGAUCACUCAGCGCUUAUCCCUUUGCGAUCUAAGAACUUCAGGGAAAGGAGUGAUGCCCACUUUGUGGAUGUUAUCAAAGAGGAUGGCCUUAUGAGGGACUAUUUCUACAAACCUCCCAUAAACAGACUGAGUGUCACCUUCCCGGAGAAGAGCCUGGAGGCCGCUUACCGGAUAAGCUACCAGGAGGAGGUGNAGUCCAAAGCAGCAGUGCAGACAUUUGCCAGCCCAACAUUCAGUUCUUUCCUGGACAUGUUGCUGUGCUGUUCAAUAUUUCUUGCUCUCUCCCUGGCCUGUUUCCUUCCACCGCUUGUCACCCAGCAGAGUCUGUCCACACCGGUGCUCAUUGUGACAGCUGUAGCCGCCCUGCUGGAGGCUCUGGCUCUGCUCUUUGCUAUACGGGUGGCUUUCUACCUGGACACCGUGCUGAACUGCACUCGAGUGCUGAUGAGAGCAGUUUCAGGAUGGAUACCUCGUCACUUUAUAGGAGCUGUUCUGGUGUCCCUUCCUGCUGUGGCUGUCUUCUCCCAUGUCACCUGUGACAUGCAUCUCUCCAUUCAGUUCACCAUGUUCAUUUGCUGUGCUGUCGUCAUAGCUAUCAUUCAAUACUGUAACUUCUGCCAACUCAGCUACUGGAUACGUUCAACUCUAGCAACACUGGUGGGACUGGCACUGCUUUCCUUACUCUUCAUUUCCCCCUGCAGUGUUACUAAGAGUUUGUUUUUCUGGUCUAUUUGGCAAAACAGCAGCAACAGCUCCAUUGUCAUGUCUGACAGCUCAGUGGACCGUGACCCACAGCCCCAUCCGCAGGACCUGCUGGGCCCUGAGGUCUGUGUGGCCUUUUUCCUGCUCCUUCUCCUGGUCUGGUUCCUUAACCAUGAACUUGAGGUUAGUUACCGCCUGCAUUAUCAUGGCAACGUGGAGGCUGAUCAACACCGCAUCAAAAUCCAGAACAUGAGAGACCAAGCUGACUGGCUGCUUCGCAAUAUCAUCCCCAUCCAUGUGGCAGAGCAGCUGAAGGUCACCCAGAGCUACUCCAAGAACCAUGACAAUGUGGGAGUAAUAUUUGCCAGUAUUGUUAACUUCAGUGAGUUUUAUGAAGAAAGCUAUGAGGGAGGCAAAGAGUGCUAUCGUGUCCUCAACGAACUAAUUGGUGACUUUGAUGAGCUGUUACGGAAGCCUACCUUCACGAACAUUGAAAAGAUCAAGACCAUCGGUGCCACGUACAUGGCAGCAGCAGGUCUCAAUGCGCAGCAGUGUGCAGAUGCAGCACAUCCUCAUGCCCACCUCCGUGCUCUUUUUGAAUUUGCCCUAGAAAUGAUGCGCGUGGUGGAUGACUUCAACAAGAACAUGCUGGGAUUUGGCUUCAAGCUUCGCAUCGGAUUCAAUCACGGGCCCCUAACAGCAGGAGUGAUUGGCACCACUAAGCUUCUCUACGAUAUUUGGGGCGACACAGUCAACAUUGCCAGUCGCAUGGAUACAACAGGUGUGGAGUGUCGUGUCCAGGUCAGUGAGGAGAGCUAUUGUGUGCUCAAUGCCAUGGAUUAUGAGUUUGAUUACCGUGGCACAGUUAAUGUCAAAGGCAAAGGUCAGAUGAAGACUUACCUCUACCCUAAGAGCAGUGACAGUGGCCCUGUGCCACAGUACCAACUCUCAGUUUCACCAGAAAUCAGGGCACAAGUAGAUGGUAGCAUUGGGCGCUCACCCACUGAUGAAAUUGCUAGCAUGGUGCCAACAACCAGCAUGAAUGCAAGAAGCACCAGUACUAUGGUACCCAGUGCCAGCGCUGGUUCUUCAACAACAAGGCUUAGUCAUGAGAAAGAGGUAGGCGGUCAUGAAAGAUGCCUCUCUACAGAGAUCUGUCAUGCCAGAAGAUCUAUGUCUCACAGUGGUCUGACAUCUAUACCUGUUACCAGUCUUGAGGGACCUCUUUCUGCAAAUAACAAACAGCUCAUCAUCUCAUCCUCAGUCCAGCAAAACACACUCCAAAAUUCAACAAAGGAUGAUUAUGAUGUUGGAGAGUUAACCAAACUUUAAGAAUUUUCUACAAGGGCACUGUUAUCCUUUACCCUUUAAGCUCUUGUUCCUGCCAGUUAGCAUCUGUAGAAUUGCUGUGCAUUUGGUCCUACCAAAAGACCCAUAGGCCUCAUCUCUGCAUUAGCCAGGCAGUGGGUUGUUUGUAGUGUAAAUCUGAUUGUCUGAUAUUAUCAGUGGAGGGUGCUGGGCAGAUCACAGAGAGAGUCAGACAGAAGAAAUGGGUAAAUGUGAUGAGUGACUCUGAACAUUCUCUUGCCUUCUAACAGAUCCCAUUGUGUCCCAUUAACUUACUUGAUUAUCUUUACACUAUUAAUCUUGAUUGUCUUUUAAGUGCCUUUAGAAUAGACUAAUGUGUAGACUAAGCCAUUUUGAGUAAGAGAAGAAUUAUAUACAAGGAAAACUGUAACCUUUUUUGGAAAUUGCUUUUCUUUUGUUACAAUUUUACUUUGUAAACUGCUAUGAUUGCUGUGAUAUUUUGCCUUUUAUUCACAGAGGUCUGCAAGCUAAUCCUGCAUAUGGAAAGUGCCACAAUGUGAGCAGUGAAGGGAAAUAAUGUUGCUGCAAUAUAUGUAUUAGUAAAAUCUGCACUAAAAUGCAGUGUGAAAACCAGAAAACUUAAUGAAAGGCAGAGCAGAGAUUAAUCAAUACAGGCUAGAGGUGGACGGGGCCAAGGUGCAUGUCGUAUGAGUGCAUUUGAAUGCAUACAGUGUGUGUGUGUGUGUCUCUGUGUAGUAAUACAAUCAUGGUGGGUUUAAUGAAGUGAGGUGUUUAUGAAUGACUCAGCUGAAUUGGUGAAACUGCAGGAUGACAAACAGAUUAGGAACACAGCCCAAAAAAUUCUUGUUUUCCUGUUGUGGCAGCUUUUUCAUCUGGCCUUGGAAUAAUCUAGCACUUAAUCAGCAUGCUUGCAACAACAACACCAUAGAUAAGGCUAACUUCUACUAGUGUUUGUGUCCUUCCCCAUGAUCCAGGUUCUAAACACUCAAGCUGUGUUUAGUGUUAAUGAGUAUUUCAGUGUGAGGUAUUGCUGUACGCUGUGAGUUUAGAUCAAUUAAUGAAAACUACCCGAGUUUGUUAUGGAUUACACUGUGUUUUAAUUGAUAGUGCUUGUAAGAUAUGAAUAAUCAAAGUGGAAUAUCACAAAUGAAGACUGAAUUUGAUCUUUUCACACGAAUCUCCUUUCUCUGAUUUCUGUGAUUUGAAUUACUAAAUGCAAACAGCAUGAAGUAUUAUCUGCUUCAUUUUUGCAGUGGCAUAAAACUUAAUGUAAUAGACCUAUAAAUGCAAAGAUGGUGCACCAAAUGUAUUUCAUAUUAGAUUUUUCACUCUUUUCUUUUUGACUUCAUUGAUUUCGUGCUAGUCCAAUAUGUCAGAUAGGUAAUGAAAUCAAACAGAUUAAACUGUACAUUUCACUUAUUAUUGUUACAGUUUUUCUUUAUUAGCGUGUUUCUUAGCAAAAGGAUUGUGUGCUCAGAGGCAAAAACACAUUACCAUCAAAUGCACACGAGUCUUAAUUUUGACAUUUAAUAACCUGAACAGCAGAUUAACAACCUCAGUUUUAAAUUAGCAUUUUAUUCUUUUAAGUAAUAAUAUUAAGUAUUGCACAAAAACAAAGAGCCAGUUUGCCUUUUUUAUCAAAUAAUUUAAAAUUUAAACAAUCCUAAUAAUUUGUUUUUCUUUGUGUGAAAUUCACUUGUGCCUUUUAACUUUCAACUUGGAGUUGAACUUAUCUUUUUGUUCACUGUCAGCUUUAAAUUGCUUUUCAUUUAUAAGACUGACUAUUUUACAAGCGCCUGUGAUAUGAGUAUUUACUUUUGUGCUUAAAGCAAACUUAAUUUUGAUGGUCAUAAAAUUUGAGCAGUGCCUUUUCUUAAUGUGUACAAAUAAAUGUAAACAUACCAAACAUUUUCUACAAAAAUUGGCCUUAUUGCAGUUUUUGAAUUCCUUUUUGUUUGGCCUUGCAUUUUGUACUGUAUUUAUUGCUCAGAAGGAGUUGUGGUUGUUUUAAAUGCAAUAAAAGUUAACCAUAACUGGUCUGAAAGGUAAAACGAUCUUUUCGCUUAUGAGCACACAACCCUUGCACCAGCCCAAAAUUUGUGUUUGAUAUACUAAAAUAAAAGGGAUGGUCAAGAUAAUAUUUGUUAUUAUCCAGUGUUUAAAGUAAUAAAUCUGGAGUGUUCUGGUUUAGUCUUGUAUUUGCGACAAACAUGAACUAUAAGAUAAGGGUGUCAACUCAAAUUUGAUUGCCAACUCUUUUUUUUAACUUCAAAAGCUUUUCUGUUUAUGUGCUUGGACUUAUUGAGAUGUAAGUGACAUUCUAAACAGAAUGACAAACUGACAAAAUCUUGAUGCCAAAGAAUGUCAUUACCAUCUCGUGAAUUUUCUUUGUAUAUUAUGACUUCUCUCUUCCUUAAUUUACAGAUUGUGUUGUGCAUGUUUAAGAAAGAUAAUUUAUAAUUUCACCCACAUUUGACAUUUGCACAAGGCAUUCAGUUUUUAUGUACAGUACCUUUAUACUAUAUAGUAUCUGAGCAUUUUUUAUUAUUUCUAUAAAUGCAUGUACUAGAGUAUUAAAUAUAAAAAACGGAAUAAUUUUAACAGUGUUUGAAAAAUGUGUGUUGUGUUUGCCUGCAUGUGUGUAAAAUUUAUGGGGAUUUGUAAAACUGUGUGGUUGUAUGGGAUGCUCUAAACUUAGCCCUUUUUUCAACUUUAUCAUCUCAAGAUCUCUGACAUGCUAGGAUAAUAAUGUUUCAAUCCAUACAGGUUUUCUUUUUCUUUCAAACUGGCUAAAUAAAAUUGGUGAAACUGCAGGUAGGAAGUAUUUCUAUGACCUGCUACAGUCAAGCUUAAUGAAUUGUUGCCUUCAAUGGAAAUGAUUUUGUAUAUAGCAUGCUAAUAGGUAUGCAAGUAAAGGUUAAAAAUGAAUAAAAUCAGUUGCUGGGAAUUGUUGUCCUGUUGAAUUUAUAGCUUAUACCCUACAUCCAGUUCUUUAUUUACCAGUGGUGG